GGAGUUGGCGGGGGGUCUCUCGAGGCGUUCGCUUUUGUGCAGAAGAGGGUGGCGUUCGAGGCCCGCCGGCGGGAAAUGGAGGCUGGAGCGACCCCGGUGGGUUUUUCUGCCGCUGCGCAGUAAACCGCCAGGGACCUCUUCCUCUUCCCGAGGGAAGACGCGAACGACAAAAGAAAAAUGAAACUUUUUUCAGAGUCACACAAAACCGUUUUUGUGGUGGAUCACUGCCCUUAUAUGGCAGAAUCCUGCAGACAGCAUGUUGAGUUUGAUAUGCUGAUAAAGAAUCGGACCCAAGGAAUUAUACCUCUAGCACCUAUAUCAAGAUCACUAUGGACCUGCUCAGUGGAAUCGUCGAUGGAAUACUGUAGAAUAAUGUAUGAUAUAUUUCCUUUUAAGAAACUAGUGAACUUCAUUGUAAGUGAUUCUGGAGCAAAUGUCUUAAACACUUGGAAUCAAGAAGAUCAAAACCUGCAGGAGUUAAUGGCAGCUUUAGCAGCUGUAGGCCCUCCCAAUCCUCGUGCAGAUCCUGAAUGUUGCAGUAUACUCCAUGGCUUAGUUUCUGCAGUAGAAGCCCUCUGCAAAAUUACAGAAUACCAACACGAGGCCCGAACCUUACUGAUGGAGAAUGCUGACCGUGUUGGAAAUAGAGGACGGAUAAUUUGUAUUACUAAUGCGAAGAGGUUUGUGUCUCCAGCAAUUGACAGCCAUGUCCGAAUGCUGGAAGAGUUUGUCCAGGAAACAAUACAUGAGCAUAACAAACUAGCAGCUAAUUCAGAUCACCUUAUGCAGAUCCAGAAGUGUGAGCUGGUCUUAAUUCAUACUUAUCCUGUUGGUGAGGAUAACCUUGUAUCAGAUCAUCUUAAAAAAGAGCUCUCUCCUGUCUUAACCAGCGAAGUACAUAGUGUUCGGGCUGGACGGCAUCUGGCCACCAGACUGAAUCUUUUAGUACAGCAGCAUUUUGAUCUGGCUUCAACCACUAUAACUAACAUCCCUAUGAAGCCCACAUUCAAUGUCUGUGACCAGGAAGAACAGCAUGCCAAUACAUCUGCAAAUUACGAUGUGGAGCUGCUUCAUCACAAGGAAGCCCAUGUAGAUUUUUUAAAAAGUGGUGAUAAUCAUAUGUCUGCUGGUAGCAAAGAGGGCCCCUGUAAAGAAACUGUAACUUUAAAAUGGUGUACGCCAAGAACAAACAGUGUUGAACUACAUUAUUGCACUGGAGCAUACAGAAUAUCACCUGUAGAUGUGAAUAGUCGACCUUCUUCUUGCCUUACUAAUUUCCUUCUUAAUGGUCGUUCUGUAUUGUUAGAACAGCCACGCAAGUCUGGCUCUAAAGUAAUUAGUCAUAUGCUUAGUAGCCAUGGAGGAGAGAUUUUUCUUCACGUGUUAAGCAGUUCUCGGUCCAUUCUGGAAGAUCCUCCUUCAAUUAGUGAAGGAUGUGGUGGCCGAGUCACAGACUACAGGAUUACAGAUUUUGGUGAAUUUAUGAGGGAAAACAGACUUACUCCUUUUCUAGAACCUAGAUACAAAAGUGAUGGAAGCAUUGAGAGUCCUUUGGAGCGAGCAAAAGAUCAACUAGAAAAGCAUACUCGUUACUGGCCCAUGAUUAUUUCCCAGACUACUAUAUUUAACAUGCAAGCGGUAGUGCCAUUAGCCAGUGUUAUUGUGAAGGAAACAUUAACAGAUGAAGAUGUGUUAAAUUGUCAGAAAACAAUUUACAAUCUAGUAGACAUGGAAAGGAAAAAUGAUCCACUGCCAAUAUCAACAGUUGGAACACGAGGAAAGGGUCCUAAAAGGGAUGAACAGUACAGGAUUAUGUGGAAUGAACUGGAGACACUUGUUCGAGCACAUAUCGCCAACUCGGAUAAACAUCAGAGAGUCUUGGAAUGUCUCCUGGCUUGUAGAAGCAAACCUCCUGAAGAAGAGGAGCGCAAGAAGCGAGGGAGGAAGAGAGAGGACAAAGAGGACAAAGUAGAGAAAACAGGAAGAGAUUAUGAAUCUGAAAAAUCAUGGCAAGAAUCAGAAAGGCUGAAAAGUUUAUUAGAUCGUGAAAAAGAGGAACUGGCAGAAGCAGAAGUAAUAAAAGAUUCACCUGAUUCUCCUGAACCACCUAACAAAAAGCCUCUCAUUACAAUGGAUGAAAUGCCAACCACUGAGAAAUCCAAAGGCCCAAUGUCUCUGCUGUCUUUAUGGAGCAACAGAAUUAACACUGCAAAUUCUAGGAAACAUCAAGAAUUCAUGGGACGCUUGAAUUCUGUGAACAAUAAAGCUGAACUGUACCAACAUCUUAAAGAGGAGAAUGGAAUGGAAACCACCGAAAAUGGAAAAGCCAGCCGACAGUGAAUACCCAGUCCAAAAACGAUGUUUAGUCAUGUUGCAUAAACCUCUUUAUGCUUAAUUUGAUACCUGUAUCAAAUUGUACAGUAUAGUUGCUUCAAUUGGUUUUUACUUUUUCUAAUUUCAGCCCUUUUCUAUGAAAAUACAAAAUCUGAAUAUUAAAUGCAUAAAUCAUCUACUCUAGUGUUGAAUAAAGUAAAACUUUAUUUACCACUA